CUGCUCAGGCAGGAAGGGCAGCUCCAUCAGACUGGAGGGGAAGUGCUGGGUUAUCUUCGUUGGGAAUUUAAGUCAGAUAAGCAGCCAAGUGGGGUCUCCUGAGACUUCCAGGCAGGCCGGAUGCCAGCGAGAUGUUUACCUCCAGAAGAGACCUCUGUCCCCCUGUCCCUAGUGUGCAUGUGUACCCCCCUAUGCCCCCAACUGGGCAUAGGCGACAAAAGAGGAAUUCAAACCAGGGUCAGGUUUCAUCCUGCCAUCCACAAAACACAGCUACAAUUCAGUGGAGGGCUCCGGUCCUCAUUCGGUGUCCCCUGAGGACGCGAGGCCUGGUGCGGCAAGCGCCACAGUCCGGGCCCUGGAAAAGCCCUGGGAGCCGCCGGCCGCCCGGGGAUGGCGCAGGCGGGCGGCGCCGCGCACUCGGGCCGGGCGGGGCGUCACUUCCCCACGCGCCGGCUGUUUACCGCACAGACCGCGGCGAGGAGAGCCCAGGGAGGGCGCCCUAGGCCCCAGGCCCCUGGACCCAGGCCCCAGGACCCCUGCCCCGCUUUCGUUUCCCCGCCGCACUUGGCUUUCGUUUCCCCGCGGCUCCUCCCGCCGCCGGCCCGCGCCCAGUUUCGCUUCCGCGCUGCGGCCGAGGGCGGGGUCGCUGCGGCGCCCAUGGCCUUCGCUGGCCCGCGCGCGCCACUCGUGCUCGGGCGACUCUCGCGGCCGCUGCGCGCGCGGCGCGAGGUCUGCGCUCGGGCCAUGGCCCCGCCGCACCGCUUCGCACUGGAGCUUCCCGACUGCACUCUGGCCCACUUCGCUCUGGGCGCCCACGCCACCGGCGACGCUGGCGUCCCGGACGCGCACCCCGAUCCCCGCCGGGCGGCGCUGCUGGGGCCCUCGGGACGCAGCUACUCCCUGUGCGCGGCGCUGGUCCCAGACGCCGGCUGCCGGGCCCGGGUCCGCGCGGCCCGGCUGCACCAGCGCCUGCUGCACGAGCUGCGCCGCGGCCGCUUUCAGCGGUGCCAGCUGCGCAGUCUGCUGUGCUACUGCCCGGACGUGCAGGCCGGCGGCGCGCAGCACGGCCUCCUGCUGCAGGACCCCCUCGAUGGCCCCGAAACCCGGCGCGCCCUGAUUCAGCUGCUGGACGCGUGCCAGGAGGCCCCGCGCCCGCUCCUGGGCGAGUUCGAGGCCGACCCGCACGGCCAGCUGUGGCAGCGCCUCUGGGCGGUGCAAGACGGUGUGUGGCUGCCGGUGGGCUGCGCCCGCGUUGUGCCGGCCCCGGAGCCUCCGCUGCACCCGUUGGUGCCCGACCUGCCCAGCUCCGUGGUCUUCCCCGACCGCGAAGCCGCCCGGGCCGUUUUGGAGGAGUGCACACCCUUUAUUCCGGAAGCCCGGGAGGUGCUUGACCUGGUCGAUCAGUGUCCCAAGCAGGUCCAGAAAGGAAAGUUCCAGGUUAUUGCCAUCGAAGGACUGGAUGCCACUGGUAAAACCACAGUGACUCAGUUGGUUUCAGAUUCACUCAAGGCUGUCCUCUUGAAGUCACCACCCUCUUGCAUUAGCCAGUGGAGGAAAAUCUUUGAUGUGGAACCAACUAUCAUUAGAAGAGCUUUUUACUCUUUGGGCAAUUAUAUUGUGGCUUCUGAAAUAGCUAAAGAAUCUGCCAAAUCUCCUGUGAUUAUAGACAGGUUCUGGCACAGUACGGCCACAUACGCCAUCGCCACCGAGGUGACUGGGGGUGUACAGUACCUGCCACCGGCCCAUCACCCUGUGUACCAGUGGCCCACAGACCUGCUUAGACCCGACCUGGUCCUGCUGCUCACUGUGAACCCCGAGGAGAGAGUGCGGAGGCUGCGGGGUCGUGGCAUGGAGAAGACCAGAGAGGAGGCCGAGCUGGAGGCCAACAGUGUGUUUCGUCAAAAGGUGGAAGUGUCCUACCAGCGGAUGGAGAACCCUAGCUGUCACCUGGUUGAUGCCAGCCCCUCCAGAGAAGAGGUCCUGCAGACGGUUUUGAACCUAAUCCAAAGUCAUUGUGACUGAUGGUAGUCACUCUGGCCGGGUGCCACAUUUUACUAGAUUAGAUGUUGUUUGAGACAUCUAAGCCUGCCGUGUGUUAUGCAGUUGCCCUGGAUAUCUGUUGCACAAGUGUGUUGUGUAGCAGAAAAUUGGAGACCAGAUGAUUUAAUUCUACCCCAGCCCCCAUGCUCCCUUCUGACUGGUGGACCCAGGAAGCCUGAGUCGGAUCGUGUUCCAGUGAGAGACCAGUGUGGACAUUUUCUUGGAACAUAUUUUUCACUCCAUCACUUUCAAAUUUCUGGAAGGCUUGUCUUAUCCAGAAGGCAUCAGCUGUACUAAAGCAAUUGGUAUGAUCUUCCAGUGGAGAACUCCGGCAGCCUCUCCUUCUGCACAGACUUGUGAUGAUGGCAUGAUGAACCCAGCUGGCAUCUUCGAUCUGGUCGCCCUUCAUAAUGAUGGUCUCACUGAGCCCUAAAUCCUACAGCCCAGUGUUCCCAGAGAGCCUGUCUACAUGUCCUGGCUCCCCAAGGACACUCCUGCAGAGACAUUUAUGGGCAAGGGACACUUACAGGGAGAAGGCAUUGAUCUUGUGUCUGAGACUCAGAGCCUUUUAGAUAGUGGUCUGGGUUGGCAGUGCCACGCCAGGGAGAAAGGCAUUCAACCCAAGGUGCUGAACUGCAAAGAUACCAACCUUCUCUGAAUUAUAUUUUGCUUAUUUUCCUUUCUUUUCUUUGCUAUAAAAUAUGGCUCAGGAUAUAAUGAGCAUUUUUCAGUGAGCUGGAUGCAUUUCACUCAGCUGAUCCAACAAUUUAUUUACAUUGAUCUUUACAUCAUGUGUUUGCUCAAGGUGGGAGGCCCUGAGUCACUAAUUAUAAUUGGCGCCAAGAAGCUAAGUGCAAUAUUUAUUGUGUAUUUUCAUUACACAAAUUUAUCUUGCUCACUGAGCAAUGGGUCCUGGAAUGGAAUUUCUUAGUAAAUUAUCUUUCAUUUGAAUGUCUUAUGAUUACACAUGAAAUCAGCUUUAUUUGAGAUCUGUGUGAAUAGAAAAACAUGGCUGAGCAAGGAGGAAAUCUAAUAGCUGUGUGGCCUAAGGCAUUUGGUUGUAUAGCAGCCCAUAUAGCCUAUGGCUAGGAGGAGUGAGAGUUAUGAGAAAUACCUGUAGAGCUCAACAAUGGAAGACCUUGGAGAAAAGGGCAUGGAGAGGGAUUUAGCUCUCCUAACAAGCAUGAGAGCUCGCAAGAUGAGAGCAGUGGUGAAUUGGCAAUCUCUACACCUGUGGUGUUGAGAGGCACAAGAUCAGCCUUACAUAAGGCUGGAGGAGAAGGCGGUCUGGAGUGUGCGCAGUCUAUCACAGACCUGUUUACUCUGACUCUGUCUCCCCUCCUGCCUGCAGAAUGCCAGCAGAGCAUCUCUCUGCUGAAGAUUACCAAGCUCUACUACAGACUAAGAUCUCUCCAUUCAUAGACUGCUUUACCCUCUUUAAGACUCUCUCUCUCUCUUCACUGCCCACCCUCAGCUAAAGUAGACAGUCCUCAGGCACCUAAGAGAAAUUGUUCCUGAGCAAGGUAGCUUAGUGGUCCGUGUCCAGAAUCUAGUUAGGUCGGGCCCAAGACCUGGCCAGUCCCAGGCCCUGACAAGCGGUGGCAGCGGUAGGCUGUUAACAUGGUUGAACCAUGUGAUUACCUAAAAUUCCUUCAGUUCUAAGGUAGAUGAGUCUGUAUAUUAUUUUUAACAUGCCUACCAUUUCUUAAGAAGAUAAUACCCCCAAAUAAUUAAAUUUAAGGUCUUAUCAGGUUUACCAUAUGGAAUCUUAAAUUAUAAUAAAGUUUCUUAAUAAUGUUACAGUAUUUUAAAACUAGAUAAUUUUUAACAUAAUGUAUAUGUAUAUCUAAACAGGUCACUGGUUUCAGUUGAAAAUGUUUUUUAAAGUUGACAAAUAGAAUUAGGGUUUUUUGCAGUGUGGUGUCUAAUUAUUUUAUCGGUUUUAUUUACUUUAAACUCUUUGAAAAGCUUAUACCGGCAGCCUAGAAAAAUAAACAUGCAGUGAUUUCUUCA